CUAAAAAAGAGUCGUUUUACUGAUCCAACAUAAAACUUUGCUUUUUUACUCUUUGCUUCUCUUUAUAUGAAAACAAUCUCAUUCAAAUUCUCCCCUUUAUACCCUUUUCUUUUCCCUCCUCUUCUUUUCUGCAUGUUCCCAUUCCUUUCCUACCUUCCACAGCUUGAAUUUCAACACUAAAAAGUAAAAUUAACCAAAACCCAUUUCACUCAUAUUCUCUCUAAAAAUGAAGUUUACUCCUUCUUCCUCUGUUUCAUCUUCUUCAGCUUCAUCAACUACUUCUUCUUCUUCUUCUUUUAGGGAAAAUUUCUGCACUGGUAAAGGUAAUACAUUGGGAUGUUUUGUAGGUGUUUUGAGCAGAAUUCUAUGUUCUAAAAGUUUUCCAACUCACCCUUCUGUUGAUCCAAUUGAAAGGCACAAGAAUCAAGAUUUGUCAAAAAUAGAAAAUUUUGUACUUGAUGGUUCUACAACACCUAAUGUAGUAGCUAAAUUAAUGGGGUUAGAUUCAAUGCCAGAGUUCAAUUCAAAUUCCAUUGUAAAGAGUAAAUCAUUUGUUUCAGAAGAUUUCAGAGAAAAAACAGAGGAAAUGCAGCAUAGAAGAGUCAAAGCUUCAGUUUCAUUUAGGGAAACUCCAGAUUAUUUUGAGCUACAAGAUGAUGAUUUCUUUAUUUUAAGCUUUGAAAAUAAGAAAAAAGGAUCAAAUAUGGAGAAUUCUGAGAUGGGUAGUCAAGGGAACAAUAAACAUAGAAGGAGGAGAAAAGAUAAAUGUGGUAGAAAAUGGAGGAAAAACAGAAAAGAACAGAGUAAAGAUAGAGUAUUUUCAGAUGAAGAUAGGUUAAGUUUGAAGAUUUUUCCACCAAAAAUUGAUUGUUUUUUUGAUGUUCACAAGCAAAGUUACCAUCUUUCUCCCUUAAAAGAGAAGAUUAGUUGCAAUAAAGAGGAAUUAGAAGGAAAUAAAGCAAGGAAAAAGGAUAAGAAUGAGAAUUGUUCGGGAGAAAGUAAAGAUGAAGCUGAGUGUGAUUCAGAAAAUUUAAGUCCAGUUUCUGUUCUUGAUCAUAAUUCUGAAUUUAUCAGUGAUCCUGAAGUUACAACAUCAGAAGAAGAAGCAAGAUUGAGAAGGUCAGAAUGUGACAGCAUAAAUUACAGUCCAUCUCAAAGUAAUGAGAAUGAGAAUGAUGGAAGGGAGACAAACAAUAGAAAUAAAGAGAAAGAUGUUGGGUUCAAAAGAAGAGAUUACAAAAAGCAUGAAAAUGUUGAGAUGUUGAGGAGAAUAUGCAAAUUGGCCGAGAAUGAGGUCAAUAAUUCAAAUUGGAAGUACAGGAGAAUGUUGAGUGGUCAUGAGUUGGAAGAUACUGCUAAAUAUUUUGGUCAAAGGAUUUUUGACCAAUUACUUAAUGAGUUGUUAGAUCAACUUGUAGGAUUUCAAUAUCACCAAAUUUGAUUUUUUUUAUGUCUAUUUUUUUUUAGAAAUUUUAGUGUUAUCAUAAUUAUUUUGCUAUAUUUUUUUUAUAUAAAAAUUUUAUGUUGUAGAAAAAAAAAUAUAUAACAAGUUAAUCGAAACAAAUAGUAAACUGUAUUGAAACAAAAAAAAAAUGUAUUACUUGAUAGACUCAUAAGAGUAUUUGAAUUCUGACUCCUAGCUUUAGAGUUCAUGGGUGAGAAGCAUACUAAUGUUUUUCCACAUUGUUCUUUUGUAUUGUAUAAGUAUAUAGUAUACUGCAUAAUUAUUU